AUGACUGGAAUCUUGAAAAGUACGUACAAGAAAGGUGGAGAAAAACUUGGUGCAGUUACUGGGAAAAUUGGACAGUUAUUGGCAACCGCUGAAACAAGAGGAGAGGAACAGCUGGAGAAGAACAUGGAAAAGAAUUUUGAAAACCACUGGAAGAUGGAUAAGGUUGGUGAGAUUACUAAGUGUUUUGUACGGGUCAGAGUCAAUUGUGAGGAAGCAAAUAACAACUUCUACGUCGUUAUAGACAAAGCUCCCAAUGUGCUCUCAGAUGAAAGACAACAGACUCAAGGGAAGUGGAAAAAAUUAGCAAGAGGAAAGGGGAAGCAAAAACUAUUCAACAUGCAUUAUUGGACUUGUCUUGCAGCCAGUGAUGUAUGGGUAGAAGAAGAAAGUAUUGUUCAAAAAUGGAGUUAUAGUUAUGAAGAUUUCUGCACAAUAUGGGAAAUGAUGCAACAACAGUUUCAUAUAGCAAAACUUGAAGAGAUUCUUCAUUCUGCAUUAACAAUCACCAGGACGAUGUCCGACAAUAAAUAUUUUGCAGAAGGAUCUUCAAGUUUUUCUAACGUCGUUCAUCAAACCCAGCAACAAACAACACCAAGCCGUUAUGAGUCACAGAAAAGAAGGGAUUGGACCAACUUUGGCCAUUACCUCAAGAACCAAAGGCCCCCAGUUCCACUCUCCCAGUGCGAUUGCAGUCAUGUAUUGAGUUAUCUCCGCUAUCUUGACCAAUUUGGAAAGACUAAAGUUCACCACCAAGGAUGUAUAUUUUAUGGACAGUCGGAGCCUAGUCCUGCACCUUGCAUUUGCCCACUUAGACAAGCUUGGGGUAGCCUUGAUGCUCUUAUUGGGAGGCUUAGAGCUGCUUAUGAAGAGAAUGGAGGUUCACACGAGGCAAAUCCUUUUGCUAGCGGUGAAAUUCGAGUUUAUCUUCGAGAGAUAAGAGAGUUUCAAGCUAAAGCAAGGGGGUUGCCGAAUAAGAAGAAAAAGAAGAAGACUAUUAAUCAAAGUGUGGGAAGCGAAGAACCAAGUUCUACUGUGCACUUCACAGUUUAA